UGAAGUGACUAGAAGAAGAAUAAUCGUAACCGGAGUGAUAAUAAACAGAGAGGAAGAAAAUGGCUCUAAGUACAAUCGUCGCAAUAGUGGUCGUCCUCGCGCUAAGAGGUUUGACAGCGCAAGAUGCAGAUGAAAUAACAAAAGUCGACGAACUUCUCGUAGACGAAGGCGAUUUUUUGGAGAUCAAAUGCACCGGUCUUGAAACGAUCUCGUUCCACUUUCCCGAAUCCUCAAGAGAAGCAAAUACAACAUCGGCGUUUUAUACACGAGAGGAAAUCGAGGGUGGCAUCCAUACAUACAUAUUUCAACGACCUGAGACUGUCCAUGGGGACACGGGAUUAUAUGGUUGUCCUGGUUAUCCUUUAGAAGUUACCUCGCACCCUCAUUUCAAGACAUCUGGAAGUAUGGUGUAUAUUUAUGUCCAAUCGAACACCAGCGUGUUCGUGCAAGCGGACUCUUUUGUUUCACUGCACGAGGUAGUCGGUGGAAGUGCCAUAAUUCCGUGCAGGCCAACGUCGCCCAGCUUUAAGGUCCAGCUGUUAUUCAACGAUUUACCUAUAGAAAAAACAUAUUUCAAUCCGAGAGUUGGCUUCACACUGAAGAACCUCACGCUGAAAGACGGUGGUUACUUCAAAUGUGUCAUCGCACAAGAACAUAUAAUCCACGAGGUCAUUUAUUUUUUGAUCGUGGUUCGUAAACUGGAGUUGAGCAAUCCAAAGAUUCUGGAGGAUAGUUUGCGUCAUGUAACCCGAGGUCAAACUUUACACGUAAACUGCACAACGGAUGUUGACGCAGACAUGCAAUACGUAUUCAAUUGGAGUACACCGCAACAGAGCAGCAGAAUAAGAACUAAAUCCUAUAAUCAGAAAUCUGGCUCAACUCAACGGGUGACCGUUGAAUUGAUCAUCGAGGACGUAAAGAACGAGGAUGAAGGCUCGUACGAAUGCUUUAUCAAAUCUUUUCGUGAUUCUAGAAGAACGAUAAAGAACAUCACGAUACAUGAUCCAGAGAAUAAGUUUAUCAACCUGACAGCAGAGGCCAAAGAUAAACAUUUCAAACGUAAAGAAGGCGAUUAUGUGCAGUGGGUUGUGUUCGUGAAUGCCUAUCCAGAACCUACCCUUAAAUGGCUAAAUACAAAGGGGGAAGAAAUCGUAGGGAAUUGGGAUUCUGUGGAAAAGGCGAAAUACUCGAUAAAUUCGACACCUUACUAUACGAGUCUAAGGAUAAAUAACUUAAACAUCGAAGACAUGGGAGAAUAUUCACUUCAAGCGACUAAUCAAGAUAAAUUCGAAAUGCUGAAUUUUACGUUAGAUGUACAAGUGAAGCCUCUGCCAAUAUUGAAGGUGAAGCCUUAUUAUGCACCUAAUCAAGAGGUAGAAAUACCCUGUGACGUAGCUACAUUUCCAUCACCAAACAUCACGUGGAGUUUUAUAAAGUGUCCUUAUUAUCCUUCUUACAAAGAUGCAAGCACAAUAGAAUUAACGAAUACGAAGGAGAGUGGAAUGAACACAAGAUUUCUCUCGACAGUGAAGAUGACCAUCGAAAUGAGCGGACAUCUUACUUGCACUGCGUGCAAUAUCAUCGGAUGUGAAUCUCAGACUGAAAGCAUUUUAGUUUCUGAUGGAGUAGGUGGAUUUGGUAUAAUCGAGCCUAAGGAUCCUGUAGCCGAAGGUGAUGAUAUAGAUCUGAUUUGCGCCGCCUCCAUUUACAAUUACACGAAUAAGUUUGAAUGGAAAUACACAAACAGCACAAACAAUACAAACGGUACUCCCAUCGAACAAAAUAACAGACUAUCGAUCGAAGAAACCAAAACUAAAUUUACGUAUCGUUCGAUUUUGAGUAUAAAAAAUGUGACGAAAGAGGAUUCGAUGACUUAUACAUGCAGCAAUAAAGAAGAAAUGGAUUUCUUCCUUCCAGUACAUGACGCGAAAUCGCCUUAUUUCAAGGAGACUAAUCUGUAUCAAAAUGAAACUACGAUCGAUUUUAACACACAGGGUCACAAAACGCUGAUACUCAAGUGUUUCGUGGGUGGAAUGCCUAAACCAAAAGUGACUUGGCAUAAGGACGAUACAAAGUUAAAUAUAAACGAUCAGUAUAUGUGUAUCCGUGACGGUCAAGAGAUGCAUAUUAGAUAUUUUCGGGAAUCUGACAGCGGAAAGUAUUCGUGUAAAGUACAGAAUCGUUUUGGAGAAAUCUCGUCCUACCUGAUAAUAACGGUGCAAGGCAAAGGUCUACCUAAAGAACUGAUCAUACUGAUAGCCGUCUUAUCGAUCACGAUAGUGACUUUGGUGUUCUGCUUCUCGAUCAAAAUACGACGUGAAAGGAUCAUGAGGAAAGAACUGAUGGAGGCAGGGUUGAUGCACUUCGAGGAAGGAGCAGUGGACUGCUUGAAUCCGGACUUAACCGUAGACGAUCAAGCAGAAUUGCUUCCCUAUGACAAAAAGUGGGAAUUCCCGCGAGAAAAAUUGAAAUUGGGGAAACAAUUAGGAAGCGGAGCUUUCGGGGUUGUUAUGAAAGGAGUAGCUGAGGGAAUUUGCGAGAACGAGCCAUUUACCACUGUAGCUGUAAAAACGGUACGUCGGACCACAUUGCCCACGUGUGUUCGAGCACUUGCCAGUGAAUUGAAAAUUAUGGUCCAUCUUGGCAAACAUUUGAACGUGGUGAAUCUUCUCGGUGCUUGCACGAAAAACAUUUCCAAACGUGAAUUAUUAGUAAUCGUCGAAUAUUGCCGAUUUGGAAAUUUGCAUAACUAUUUGCUGCGACAUAGGGACGAUUUUAUCAAUCAAAUCGACCCAGCAACCGGCAAAUUGGAUCCCACUAUUGGUCUGGAUCUCUUAACCAGAUCUCUCAGCAUCAGCAGCAAUAACAGGAUAAAAUACGUGGCAUUGUCAUUUUCUCGCAGUCUUAGCGACAAUUCUGCCACCGAAUCGACAAAUUAUCAAACUACCGCUAUGGAUUCUCAAGGAAUUAGUAUGUCGCCGGAUGGCUGUGUUCUUAGUAACAAUUCCUCCCAACCAGGAUGGAGGACGAAUUAUCGAGGCGACUUCAAAGAUCAUAAUUUGAAGCCAAUCUGCACGCAGGAUCUUCUAUCCUGGGCGUUCCAAGUAGCACGAGGAAUGGAGUACCUUUCUCAGAGAAAAGUAUUGCACGGUGACUUAGCCGCAAGAAAUAUUUUACUGGCCGAGGACAACGUAGUUAAAAUCUGUGAUUUCGGUCUGGCAAAGACCAUGUACAAAGAUAAUAAUUACGAAAAGAAAGGAGGUGGUCUGUUACCAAUAAAAUGGAUGGCCAUCGAGUCGAUCAGAGAUCGUAUUUUUUCGACACAGUCGGAUAUUUGGUCGUUUGGUAUAGUUUUAUGGGAAUUCUUCACGUUGGCUGAAACCCCUUAUCCGGGAAUGGAAGCUGAAAAACAAUAUCAAAAAUUGAUCGAAGGAUACAGGAUGGAACAACCAGAAUAUGCCACUUCCGAAGUGUAUGACAUAAUGCUCCAAUGUUGGAAAGCCAAGCCUACCCUACGACCGAGUUUCACAAAAUUGGUCAAGAGUAUUGGCGAUUUAUUAGAAGAAAGCGUAAAAGCGCAUUAUAUUAGCCUAAACAAUCCUUACAUGGACAUGAACACGGCCAUGUUGGAAGGCGGUCGAAGCGACUAUUUAACCAUGCUUUCCGCGCCAGAUCACACAGCACUUUCCUCGCCCACUCACGACUAUUCCAACUUGCCCAACAUGAAUUCACCAAAUUCAGCGUACCUGUGCAUGAAUAGUCCGACCAGUGAGGGAUACAACUCGGAAAUAUUCAGUCCCAGACCAAACCAGGAAGGCACUCACUUUGAAUUUCCGUCGCCUACAUCUGAUUCAGAGGACGCUGUAGAAAUGUCACCGAUGUUAAAGAAGCAAGAGGAAGAUGAUCCCUAUCUGAAACCCAUCGACGUGCAGGCACGACGAGCAGAGUUUGUUCGACAGCGACAGCAAGAGGUGGUGAAGAAUCAAGCAGGGGACCGAUAUAUCGACAGGGAUUCCGGAUACUGCAACACUCCGCGGAACAUUCAACUGAUAGAUCUGAACGAGAAGAACGAGAGUGGUUUAGUGAAUUCCAAUGACGAGGUGUCGAGUAACGGAAACACUCUACCAAAGAAGGAUUACAUACCGGCGAUCAUCAGGACACAGGACAAUUAUGUGAACAUGCAGAAGCAGAAGAGGCUAGACAUGCCAGCUGGCUUCAGCAAUCCUAGUUAUGUAGUGAUGACCAAUGGCAAGAGAGAUCAGAUGAAAGUUUGAACCCUUGUGCAUGACAAAAAUCGGGAAAUGUCUGUUGCAGGCAGGAUUUCGUGGAGGGGCGUGUAAUUGUGGAUGUGGAUAUGGUAAGUGAAAGAGAACAGACGAUAGGGAUGUAUAUUGUGUAUACGAUCCUUUUGACGUUUUACAAUUAUAGUGUGUAAGUUGCUGUUUAAUAUCGUGCUUGUGCAUAUUCGUGCACGUGCUGUUUAAACGAGAAACUAAUUAUACAAACCGGCUCCGAACGUCACGUGUUGCCCUCGUGUAGAUUGCUUGAUCUUCGACGUGCCAUGACGAAAAUCAUUUAAAGUUACUUGAAGAACGAGAUAAACUGUGACUAAUCUUUUUUAACGAGCUUUUAGAUAUUCGUGGGAUGAUUGAGAUGUAUAAUACCAUUUGAUGAUUCGGUUGGCAACCAGAAAUGGAAUUUCUAUUACAAAAAAGAUAAUCGAGGAGAAUGGAAGAAUUUGUCCUUCAUUAUUAAAAAUUUUGAUAUAAUGCAAGAAUUUGUCCUUCAUUAUUAAAAAUUUUUAUAUAAUAUCGAUUAGCUGGUAUGGAAAUCGAAGAGUAAAAUAAUAAGAUACAGGGAUGUUGGACGUGUGUUGUGUCGAUACAACUUUGACACAGAUGAUAGGAAAAAAGAAUAGUGCGAACAUUUUUGGGCAAACAAGUAUACAUACGAAGGACAAAUUUUCGAUAUAACUUUUAUUGAGAAACAAUUUUUCUAGAAACCCUUUUUGAUACGAAUUUAUAGCGACUAAUA